ACCUGCUCCACCCCAAUAAUGAGGAAAGAAGUCUGCACGAUCGCUUUUCUCCGAGCUGUCUUUGUUGAGUUCUUAGCCACUGCGAUUUUUGUCUUUUUUGGCCUGGGCUCAGCCCUAAAGUGGCCAUCUGCCUUGCCAAGUGUUCUCCAGAUUGCUCUGGCUUUUGGCUUGGCCAUUGGCACAAUGGCACAGACUUUUGGCCACAUCAGCGGUGGCCACAUGAAUCCAGCAGUGACCAUUGCCUUCUUUGUCGGGAACCAGAUUUCUUUCUUCCGAAUGCUCUUCUACAUUGUGGCCCAGCUGGUAGGGGCCAUUGCCGGUGCAGGUGUUCUUUAUGGAGUGACUCCCAUGAAUGCCCGUGGCAACUUGGCAGUCAAUGGGCUCAGCAACAACACAACUGCAGGCCAGGCUGUGGUGGUGGAGAUGAUCCUCACCUUCCAGCUUGUGAUGUGUGUUUUUGCUUCAACUGAUAGCCGCCGAAACGACCACGUGGGCUCCCCUGCUCUGUCCAUUGGGCUGUCUGUCACUCUGGGUCAUCUGGUUGGGAUUUAUUUUACUGGCUGCUCUAUGAAUCCUGCCCGAUCUUUUGGUCCUGCUGUUAUCAUGAAAAGAUUCACCUCUGCUCACUGGGUCUUCUGGGUGGGGCCAAUCGUUGGAGGUAUCUUGGCUUCUCUGCUUUACAACUACUUUCUGAUGCCACACUCAAUGAAUAUGUCUGAGAGGGUAGCCAUCGUGAAAGGUACCUACGAGUCAGAAGAAGAAUGGGAAGAGAAGGAGAAAAGCAUGGAAAUGUCCUCUCCAUGAACAAAAGAAUUCUGGACAAGGACAACACAAUGGAUCUUACAUCUUCUGAUGCUGAACUAACAUUUGACUGUAUACUUUGUAAUCCAAAGAAAACAUAGCUUCCGCUGGUGCAGAGGGUUUAAAGAGGGAGAUAUUAUGUUUGUAAAUAACUGCCUUGAACACAUGUCUCUUAUGACAUGGGGAAAACACUCCUGAAGAAAAGGCCAUUCCAGCAUAGCUUUGUUUGGGGAGUGACACGUCUCAGUAGCAAUACCAGAUCAUGGAUGGUUAUCUGAACCUCUCAUUGUGUGCAAAGGCUUGUUCUAGAGCUGUGCCUGAGAGAUCUGAGCAUAUCUUGUAAAGUUUUGAGUUUUAUUUUAGCUAUAGCUGUUUGACUUCCCAAUAGAAUCCCAGAACAAAUUCCCCAGAUCUCUAUAUACUUUGAGUUUUCAGGAUUGGGAAAGCAAUGUGGCUUGAGCUUGAGAUUUCUAGGCUUGAAGCCAUUUCAUAUGUGCAAUAAUGCUUGCAAAUAGCUUUUUAUAUGCAUAGUUCAUAGUCAACUCACUUAAUAGCAUAAACAGGAACAACUCAGGGUUUGCUCGUGGAAUAGAAGAAAGACAUAUAGUAACCAUUCUGUGUUAAGGGCUAUGAUGCUUGAAUGAGAUACCGCAGGGGCUAGAAGACUGAACUUAACUAGUUGCCAUUAAGUUCAUCACUGAAUCUCUGGAAGCAAUACGGUUAUGUAUCUGGGUAGACUGUGAGAUAGUAAGGAAACAAGCUUUCUCAGGAACUGCAGGCACCUUCUCAGUUCAGAAUUGCCUAGACUUAAAGGAUUAAAGCAAGUUUGCUCUCACCUGAAUUCAGUCUUGCCUUGAUUCAAAACAAGCAUCCAAUGGAGGCAAAUUAAUUUUAAUACAUCCUACAUAGCAUGGUAAUCCUUCUAUAGAUACACUGCAAUCCUAAUGUUUCUGGUCUUUGUGUUUGAGGGAGAAGGAGAAAGUUGGAGGUAGUCAUGUGGGAAUGGAGCGAAGCUUGAAGUUUGCUCCUGUGGCUGGUGGCAACAGAGGUGACAGGAGCCGCCUCUAUUUGUAUUUUAGGCUAACUUAAUGGAACUAUGCAAAAAGGAACAUAUGACAACUGUAUCCACCUUUGGCUAGGAAGGAGACACCUGCUGUCCCAUUCCACAACAUUGUAACCUGAGUGGGGAGAGGAACAAAUUGCUGUUUUCUGCACAGCUUUUGUUUUUACGUUUUGCUAACAAAGAAUGCAACUUGUUUUGGGCCUUUGUGUUUGAGGGAGAAGGAGAAAGUUGGAAUUUCUGUAAUAUAUUGUAUUAUUUAUUGUCAGUAAUAAAAUAAAUUGU